AUGCCUCGUGCAGAAGCCGGAACCCCAAAGGCAAUCGCCAAUGCUAUGAAAUCCAAGGGCCUCCAGCGCCUGCGAUGGUACUGUCAAGUGUGCCAAAAGCAAUGUCGAGACGAGAACGGCUUCAAGUGCCACGCUGCCUCCGAAUCUCACCUUCGACAGAUGCUGGUUGUUGGCGAGCAUGCGGGAAGCCACAUCGCAGGGUUUUCGAACCAGUUCCAGUCAGAGUUUGUGGCGCUGUUGUCCAGAAGGUUCGGGACGAAGCGCGUGCGAGCCAACCAAGUGUAUCAAGAAUUCAUUUCUGACAAGCACCACCUCCACAUGAACAGCACACGAUGGGUCACGUUGACGGAGUUUGUGAAGCAUUUGGGCAGAUCUGGCAUUGCGAGAGUGGAUGAGACGGAGAAAGGCUGGUUUAUUGCAUGGAUUGAUAGCAGUCCAAAGGCACUUGCGAAAGCUGAAGCCUCUAUGAAGAAAGACAGAGCGACGAUCUCCGACGAGCAGCGCGAACGCCAACUAAUCGCCGAGCAGAUCGAGCGCGCAGCCGCAGAGGCUCCCGAAGCAUCAAGCUCGACCACGCCUCCCGUCGAGGAGGGGUUGAAGCGGGAGGAGAACGCGGAGAAGGUCGUGCUGUCAUUCUCCGCGAAGCCAGCCACGACGCCGGCGGCACCGGCAACGACGGCACUCAAGCUGAACCCGCUCAAGCUGGGGGCGAAUCCCCUGAAACCCAAUCCGCUGAAGCGGCCCAAUGUAUUCAAAUCGGCUACGGCAGCAGGUGCUUCGUCUUCGUCUUCGACAGACAAUGCGGAUAAGGCGGUCAACGAGAAGAAGCGAGCGGCACCGAUGUCUGCAGCGGAGAGGCUGAUCCUCGAAGACCAAGAACGGAAGAGGAGACGAAUGGACAGGGACAACUCGACUUGA